CGUCCAUCCUCCACCCCUCGAGGAAGCGGAGCGCCAUCCAUCAGACUCGUUGCAAACAGAAGUAGUCGCUACUCCCGAGCGCUUACCAGGCGGCACUCCACCGAACACUAACCCGGGGUCGUCACGUCGAGCUCCGGCCAGGCUCGGUGGUCUCUGGCGGGUUUCCCCUCUCCUUCAGAACUGUGGCAGAGAUGCGAAGUCUCGGAGGAGGAGGAGACCAACUAGCCGAGCAGCAGCAGCAGCAGCAGCAGCAGCAGCAGCAUAACACACCUGCGACGAGGAUCUGAGUUUGUUUCGAUAACGUCAAAGAAAGGUAUUUUCCGGGGAUCACUAUGACUGAUGGGGAUUAUGACUACCUUAUAAAGCUCCUUGCCCUGGGGGACUCUGGCGUGGGGAAGACCACCUUCUUGUACCGCUACACGGACAACAAGUUCAACCCCAAGUUCAUCACCACAGUCGGCAUCGACUUCAGGGAAAAGAGAGUGGUGUACACAGCGUCCAACCCCAAUGGGGCAGCCACGGGGAAAACCUUCAAGGUUCACCUUCAGCUCUGGGACACAGCUGGACAGGAGAGGUUCCGCAGCCUGACAACGGCGUUCUUCAGGGACGCCAUGGGGUUCCUGCUGAUGUUCGAUCUCACCAGCCAGCAGAGCUUCCUCAAUGUCAGAAACUGGAUGAGCCAGCUACAAGCCAACGCCUACUGUGAGAAUCCAGAUAUAGUGUUGAUAGGAAACAAGGCGGAUCUGGCCGACCAGCGGGAGGUUCAGGAGAAACAGGCCAAGGAGCUGGCUGAUAAAUAUGGGAUCCCGUACUUUGAGACGAGUGCGGCGACCGGAGCCGAGGUCGACAAGGCGGUCAUAACUCUGCUGGACCUGGUCAUGAAGAGGAUGGAGCAGUGCGUGGACAAACCGCCCGCGGAGCCAGCCAAUGGGAACGGGACGACCAAGCUGGCUGACACGCAGCCCAACGAGAAGAAAUGCGCAUGCUAGAUGAGGAAGGAAACGACCAGUCAGCGCUCCACUGUCCGUCUGUCCCUUCUACUCGCAACAUUCCCUCCUUCUUUCACCUUCUCCGUCAUCUUUGAUUGCAUGUGUCUUCAUCUCUUCCCCCCUUUAUUCUUCUUUCCCCUCCCAAAGUGUCUGUCAGAGGGCAAUCAAACAACCCUGUCCCCAUCUAGUGGAUGUUCGAGGUAAGACAGUCUCAGCCUGUCUGCCUUUCAGCUCUGUUUAGGAGCAAAUGAAAACAGGAGGGGACAGUUUCACCGCUGUCAGACACAUGACGUAUCGGUUUAAAACACGCAGCCUGGGAAUUAAGCCCUGCGCGCUUCCGAUUUGUCUCCUCGCAGUUGGGUUGAAUGAUUUUAAUGGAUCUACACAGGCAAAAGGAGAUGUUUUAAACUCCUUGACAGAAUGUGCCUCCUGUUUAGGCGUGUUUAUCGCGUGAUGAUGACCACCUGAUCUGGACUUUAAGAGUUUAACAGCUGUGUGCCUGUGUACAUUAAGUCCCGGUCCUCUCCUUACACUUUUCCUCCUGGACCAGGGUGAGCCACUGUAACCAGUUUGGCCCCCUAGAUUCACACUGUUUUCAAUGCUGUACCUGUAUCAGCCAUGUAUCGUCAUUUUUCCGUGUUUCAAGCCGUUUUGACUCAUUCACAGAUGCGAGACGUUUGCCAAUAAUGCACCAAAUCGUAUUUAAUACACAGUAGUUGGCUAAUGUGCCCCGGUGGAGGUCUUAGACACCAAAUGUCCGCUUGUUAGCUUUUAUGGCUAAUUAUAGGAUAUGUAAUGACAGCUCAAUCCGCAAUGAGCUGUGCAGUUUAUUAUUGGGCCUAUAUCAAACUUCAUAUUAGUAACAGUAAAUACCCGACAUAGAUACCCACGACACAAAGCGGAGGAGGGUAAAUAGCUCCAACAGAUCCUACGUUAUUUUUCAUAACCAAAGUGGUCCGAGUAGAGUGUUGUGCUUUAUUCUAGUGCUUUAUUCUAGUCGCUAGUGAUGAUUAUGUAAAGCAGUAUUAUAUAUUCAUAUAUUGGAUCAACACCCUUGAUGAAUUAAACAUUUCUGUUGGCAGUAAUUCAAAAAAAAAACCUUGGAAGAAAUGUUGAUACGACAGGCUCAACUAACCCUCACAGGCUUCCUGUUUACACAUUUGAUUAGCAGCUAAUGUAGCUAGCUAGCUAGCCACAAACUGGUUUACAUACUGUAGGUUCAUCAGUUUUAGCAGUAGCUACAAGUGUCGUGCUAGUAUUAACCAAUAUAGCAUAUUUUUGUAUAAUUAUUGCCACACUACCAACAUCUUUUUAUCAAGACUAGCUUACUAAUAACUAGGUUGUUGCCGUUGAGUUGUUGCUUUCUGUGCCAAUAUUUGAAGUGUUCUCAAAUGUCUCCUUUCUAUCUGACUUUUGAUACCAAAACAAGACGUUAACGUAACCUACCUUGCUUUUCUUUGUCCAUUCUUACAGGACAGACUGCCAUAUGAUUUAUUAGAACAAUUAUUGGAUAGUUCCACAUAGCAUUAAUAACAUUGCAUAAUUUGCUUGGUAUAUAUACUGCAUCUUUUUUGUUUCCCAGCCCCACUUCCAACUGUUCAUUUUAACCCUCCUGUUGUCUUCGGGUCAAAUUUGACCCCUUUUCAAAAAAGAUUCUAUAUCAGGAACUAGUUUUUAUUUCCAACAAAUUAUCCAAAAAUGUAACGUGGAGGGUUCCCAACAACGCUCCUCACAAGU